AUGAUUACAUCUUCUCUAUCUCGAUCAUCAGAAUUAUCAACAUUAAAUGAUCAUGAAAUUAAACGUAUUAUGUCAGUUAUUGAACGUGAUUUUAAACUUCGAGAAAACGAAUAUAAACGUAUUCAAGAAUUAAAAAAUCUUAUUCAACAAGAACAUGAAAGUGUAGAAUGUUUAGCUAUGUCAAAAGAAUUUAAUUAUGAACGAUGUAUAAGAUGUUAUAAAUUAUUUAAAAUAUUUUUUAAUCCAAAAGAAUUAUGUUCAGAAUGUAAAUUAUAUGUUUGUCAUAAUUGUGCAACAUAUAAUAAACCAAACAAAACAUGGACAUGUAAAAUAUGUUUAAAACUAAAAGAAUUAGAAUGUUUCACAGCUGAUUGGUUUUAUCUUGAAAUUGCCAAGAAGUAUAAACGAUGUGGUAGUGCAAAAGUUGUUCGCGAACUACACAAGCGUGAAAAAGAACUUACUGAGAUCGAUGAAUUUGAUGAAGAUCUUGGAUAUGGAACAUUACGAACAAAUAUGAUAAUUGAAUCGAAAGAUUCUGGUUUUCUUAGGUCAUAUAUUGUUCAUGAUGAAAAUAUAAAAAGUGAAUUAAAUGAAUAUGCAAAACGAUUAAAUUCACUAAUUGAUAAUUUACAAUUGGAUUUAUCUAAAUUUAUUACAUAUAGUAGUCAUCUUUCAAUUCGCAAUAGAUAUAGAGAAAAUCUCAAAGAUCGUCAACGGCAAAUUGCAUCAGAAAUUAAUCGUGCUCGAAUUGCUCUGAUGAAUCCACUUAAACGUUCACAUAUAAAACCAACUGUAGCAUAUGAGAAUGAUUUAAAAAGUUUAUUAAUACACAAAACAGAAGAAGUUCUUAAAACAAAUUUACAACAAUUUAAAAAAAGUUUAGCAACACAGAAUAUACCGAUAAACUCAUCCAAUUUUGAUGCAAAAUUGGCACAAAUUAUUUUUGAUAAAUAUGUCAAUAAAGAAACUUGCAGCAAUUCAUCUCAAGAUAUCAAUUCGUCAACAAAUUUAUCUCAAGUACCUACAAAUCCUCAACGACAAUCAUCAAUCCCUAGUUCUGUCAAUCAUUCAUCUUCUCAAUUAAAUCAGAAUGUCAUCUUACCUCAAACAUCAAAUACAUCUUCGAAGAAAAAGAUCACUCCUCCUAAUGAUACUUCUCGAAAAAUGACUUUAUUAAGAACACCAGCAGCUGUUGAUCAACAAGAAGAAGAAGAUGAAGACAAAACUCCAACUGGAAGUUCAUUUGAAGAUGAUAAAUCUGAUUAUAUAGACGAUAAACGUCGUUUUAUUGAUACAGAUCUUGAAACUAUCAAGAAAUCUAAUGAACGUGUUGAUGAUUGGAAAACAAAUUAUAAUUUAAUCGAAUCUGAACUUACUCUAUCAGAUAAUGAUGAAGAAGAAGAAAAAUUUUCAACUUGGUUAUAA